AUGAGUUACCGUCGCCUGUAUGCAGCACAUCAAAACGUGUUCUGCAAGGGUGGAGAUUUCUCAAGAGGCAAUGGGACUGGAGGAGAGUCGAUUUAUGGGGCGAAAUUUGCAGAUGAGAGCUUCAACUUGAAGCAUAUCGGCCCUGGAAUAUACUCCAUGGCAAAUUCUAGACCUAAUACUAAUGGUUCACAGUUCUUCAUUUGCACUGCAAUGACCCCAUGGCUUGAAGGAAAGCACGUUGUGUUCGAAACAAUUGUUGAUGGAUACAGUGUUGUUGAGAAAAUGAAUGUGGGUUCAAAGAGUGGGACUAAAUUUUCAUAA